AAUUAAAGGCCUGUGACCGCUCCAGCGCGCGCUCCCGUCACCCCACCGUCACCAUGACAACCCCGGGGCUGCGCAUAGGAGAUCAGCUGGUGCUGGAGGAAGACUAUGAUGAAAACUACAUCCCCUCUGAGCAAGAAAUCCAUGAGUAUGCCGUGGAGAUCGGAAUCGACCCCGAGCGUGAGCCGGAGCUGCUGUGGUUGGCCAGAGAGGGCAUGGUCGUGCCGCUGCCACCCGAGUGGAAACCAUGUCAGGACGUCAGUGGUGAAGUGUACUACUUCAACUUCACAACGGGUAACUCCACCUGGGAUCACCCCUGUGACGAACACUACCGCCAGCUCGUGACCCUGGAGCGCGAGCGCGCACAACACACCCGAACCGCUCCGCUCGCAACCGCCGCUCCCGUCGCCGCCGCCGCUCCGGGGAAUAAAGGCAAAGAGAAGAAGAAGAAAGAUAAGAAAGACAAGAAGAAGCAGAAGAGGAAAGAUCAGGGGAGCGUCAGCGCUUCAGCGGUGUUGGGUCCGCUGGCUCCGCUCCAGGGUCAGUCUGAGGUCUCUGCAGCUCCUCUCAGAUCUGCUUUGGGUUCGUUUGGACUUCAGCCACUCAAAACAUCUCUCGGGGGUGGUGUGUCGAACGUCAGUGCUGUCAGGAGCGUUCAUGAGGAAGAGGAGGAGAACUCCGAAGAACAGAGGCCGCGGGAUUCAGCUGGUCUCCUGCAGAACCUGCAUCUGGAUUUGGACGCUCUGGGAGGAGGACUGCAGUAUGAGGACAGUGAGGUCAGUGGGACGGCUCCUCCUGAUGAAAGAACAGAACCUGAACUACAAGAUCUGGCUUUAUCAAGAGACCACAGUCCAGAUCCACCUUCUGAGGACUCCUUGCGUGGACGUCACCUCCCCUCCACAGCAGCAGGGGGCAGCAGGGAGUGCAGCAGUGCUGUUUCCUGCCCUCCCACCCCAGAUGCUGCAGCGUCCAGUGGCCGAGAGGACGAUGGGGAAACGAGCAAGGAAGGCAUGGAGGUGAAACGUGCAGAAGAAGAGGGGGAUGACAAGAAAAUUAACAACAGACAGAACAGAACAGAUAGAGACAGUGGUGAAGUGACAGAAAACAAAGAUGAUGAACAGGAAGAGAGUGAAGAGAUAGAUGAACAAAUAGAGCAAUUCAAGGAUCAGAGAGAUCAGACGGAGAGAUCAGAUAAAAAGAGAGAUCAGAUGGAGAGAUCAGAGGAAAAGAGAGAUCAGACGGAGAGAUCAGAUAAAAAGAGAGAUCAGACGGAGAGAUCAGAGGAAAAGAGAGAUCAGACGGAGAGAUCAGAUAAAAAGAGAGAUCAGACGGAUAGAUCAGAGGAAAAGAGAGAUCAGACGGAGAGAUCAGAUAAAAAGAGAGAUCAGACGGAGAGAUCAGAGGAUCUGAGUGAUCAGACAGAGAGAUCAGAUAAAAAGAGAGAUCAGACGGAUAGAUCAGAUAAAAAGAGAGAUCAGACGGAUAGAUCAGAUAAAAAGAGAGAUCAGACGGAUAGAUCAGAGGAAAAGAGCGAUCAGAUGGAGAGAUCAGAUAAAAAGAGAGAUCAGACGGAGAGAUCAGAGGAUCAGAGAGAUCAGACGGAGAGAUCAGAUAAAAAGAGAGAUCAGAUGGAGAGAUCAGAGGAAAAGAGAGAUCAGACGGAGAGAUCAGAUAAAAAGAGAGAUCAGACGGAGAGAUCAGAGGAACAGAGAGAUCAGACGGAGAGAUCAGAGGAUCUGAGUGAUCAGACGGAGAGAUCAGAGGAACAGGGAGAUCAGACGGAGAGAUCAGAGGAAAAGAGAGAUCAGACGGAGAGAUCAGAGGAAAAGAGAGAUCAGAGGGAGAGAUCAGAUAAAAAGAGAGAUCAGACGGAGAGAUCAGAGGAUCAGAGAGAUCAGACGGAGAGAUCAGAUAAAAAGAGAGAUCAGACGGAGGAGAACGGAUCUGAGAUCUGUGAAAAGGAGAGGGAGGGAGACCUCAAACCCGAGACCACAGCAGACACCAAAGACUCCCUUCAUGAGCAAGAUGGCGGUCAGAAUGAUGGAAACUCUGAAAGCGAAGAGAUCGAACGAUUUCAGAGUCCUGAAGACAAAUGGCGCAUCAGUAAAACCAGCAACAUUAAAACAAGGACAGAGGGGAGGAAGUUUGUGCCUCAGUGGAGUCCUGUUUCCAGUGAGGAGUCUGAGGUCGAUGAGCAGUCGAGGUCGCUCUCAUCCUCUGAUGACGUGCAGGCCGGAUUCUGCUCAAAACUCUCCGAGAAUGUGUUUGACCUGUUGGAUCUGUCACCUGCUAAAGGUGUGGAUGGAGAGAUCUCCGAGUCUGCAGACAGACGUCCGCUUGAAGACGUGACACCGGCUCAGAUCUUACCUCCAGAGAACAUCAGCAGAACAUCGUACAACCAGAGACCUGCGACCGCUCGCGGCAGAACCGACACCACGAGCAACAUCCCCGCCGAACAUGAACGAGACGAGACGAAGAGCAGACACGAGAGUGAUGUCAGAGAGACACAAGAACAAGCUGAUGAGAGGGAGAACGCUCAGCAGGAACUCGGAAAGGGUGAUGAAGAGGAGGAUGAAGAGAAGGAGGAGAGGAGGAGACUGAUGGAGGAGAGGAACAGGAGACUGGAGCUACUGAGAGCCACUCUGAAGGAGGAGGAGGAAGAGGAGGAGCGGAGGAUGAAGGAGGAGAGUGCUGAGCAGAUCACAAAGGCAGGACGGAGGAGCAAUUGUACAAGGACACACACACGACUACAACAACUCAGGGCUGAGAGUGAGGUGAAACUCCAAGAGCUGCGCUUAGAGCUGGAGACGGAGCGUGAGAGGGUGGAGACACAGAGGAGGCGGGGUCUAGAGUAUUUAAGGGCGGAGUCAGAGGAGGAGCUCCAAAGAGAGAGGAAGCGCCUACAAGAGGAGCAACUGAAAUCUAUCAGACUACAGGCUAAAUUGAGUGACAGACAAAAGGAAUUGACAAGUCCAGAACAACCAUUAGCAGAGUACCAGAGAGAGCUCACAUAUGUGCUACAGGAAGUUCGGGAGGAAGUUGAGAGAGAUCACAGAAGAAAACUACAACAACUGAAAGAGGAACAUCAACAUGAACUACAGAACCUGAGAGAGACACACCUGGAGCAGGAGAGCAGAGAGAGAGAACGUGUGUUGAAUUCUCUUCAGGAGGAGAGAGACACUCUGAUCUCUAAACACACAACACAACUACACAAACUACAGAACACGCUGGACACACAACUACAGGAGACCCGCAAGACACACUCACAGAGGGAGACAGCGUUACAGGAGUUGAUGGAGAAACUGGAGAUACAAACCAAAGAUCUUCAUAUUCAGGAGUCUGAACUGCAGGCAAAGACAUCAGAUUUGAGGAAGAGGAGACAGCAGCUGUGUGAGGAAGAGGAUGAUGUUCAGACAGGACUAGAGCGUCUCCCGCGUGUGCGGCAGGAGAAUCAUGAUCUGCGCGAGGAGCUGGAGCGAGUGAGAUCAGAGCUCCAGAGAGUGAGAGAGGAGCGAGAGCGAGAGACAUCAGAGCAGAGCAGGAUGAUGCAGGAGAGAGAGCACUUGGAGAAGAGAGUGGCAGUCCUGCAGGACAGAUGUGAGCAGCUCACCUCCAGAGUCAGUGAACUGGAGCAGAGGAGCAGUGCGACAUCCAGGACAGACAGACACCUGCAGGACAGACAGGAAGACGAACAGAAGAAGAAAAAGAAGAAAAGAGAAAAUAUUCUGCAUCUGGAGGAUCUAGAACCAUCUGACUGUUCACCAGGAGACAGUGAUGCCAGUGUACACAAUGUGAGGCAGUACAUGUGGAAUGAGAGCAUGUCUCUCUUGAGAGCUCGACAGUUUCUGGAGAGACAGACCGCUCAUGUGUCAGACAGACAGGCAGUGCUGUGGGCCGCUCACAGCAGCCUGAAGGGCCCCACGCCCGAGAGCUCCGCCCACCAGCUCUACAGCAACCUACAACAGGAGGCGAGGGAUCUCUCUGAGCUGAGGGAGACGCUUCACAAGGGACAAACUCUUCUGAAAGAAAAAGAAGAGAAACUCAAACAACUGGACACGUCACUGACUGAAGAGGUGUCAUGUGACGAUGGCGAGAGAUUAGCGGAGAGAAAAGUGAUGUUUGACGUGUCUGAGUCAGAGAUGAGCAGUGUGUAUGGACCAGAGGAAACAGUUCCAGUGAAGGUGCAGCAGUUGGCUGACUCUCUGCGGCUGGUCUCGGGUCAGUUAAACUCUGUUUUAGGCGCUUUGGGUUCACUGACCCACAAACAGACUCCGCGCACUUUGACCCCUCUUCUGCUUUCCCGUCCCUUGUGGGCGUGGUCUGUAAACUCCACCCCUUCCCUGUUCAGUGGCCUCACACACAGACCGACAGAUGUGCUGCAGAACCGCUGGAGUGGCCGGAACACAGAAACCAGCAGAACCAAUGUGAGCUACUCAGGAUGCACACCGUCAAGUCUGUCGUCUCUGCGUCCAUCAGUAGAGGUCGAGGGUCAGCGGCUGCAGGGUCUCAUUGAAGGAAAUAAACGUUGGCUGGAAGCUCAACGAAAACACCACAACAUUCCGUUGUUUCCAAACCUCAGAACAUCGUCCUCCAGCGGUGGGUUAGUUCAGCUCAGCCUCGACGACAACAACCAGAUUAAAGUUCAUCAUUACUGAAAGCGCUCAAUCUCCACAGGAAGUCAGAACAGCCGAAGAUCGCUUUUGUUUUAUUUGUGCUUUUCAUCAGCAGGUGUUUUAUCAACUGUAGGAAUUCUUCUGCUGUUUUUCUGGUCAGCAGCACAUUUACAGCUUCAUGAUCAGAUGUGUGCAAUGUGCUUAUCUCAAAUCUUGCACAAUAUUUUUGUACACUUAAUAAAUGACUUUAUGAAUUUUUAAGGUGUGAGAUUCUUGCUGCAGUUAUUUUGACAUUGACAAGGCUGAUUUAGAUUUUGUCAGUAAUGU